AUGGUCUGCCCGUGGAUGCCUCAACGCCUGUCCUGGGCGGCGAUCCUGGCGCUGUUCUUCCUUCCCCAGGCGCGGCCGGCAGGCGUUUUCGAGCUUCAGAUUCACUCUUUCCGGCCGGGAUCAGGUCCAGGGGCCCCCAGGUCCCCCUGCAGUGCCGGGGGCCCCUGCCGCCUCUUCUUCAGAGUCUGCCUGAAGCCGGGGAUCCCAGAGGAGGCCGCGGAGUCUCCGUGCGCUGUGGGCGCGGCGCUGAGUGCGCGCGGACCCGUCUACACCAAACAGUCCCGGGCUCCAGCUCCGGACCUGCCGCUGCCCGACGGCCUGAUGCGCCUGCCCUUCCGGGACGCCUGGCCGGGCACCUUCUCUCUCAUCAUUGAAACCUGGAGAGAAGAGUUAGGAGAGCAGGUUGGAGGGCCCGCCUGGAGUCUGCUGGCGCGUGUGGCCGGCCGGCGCCGCCUGGCGGCCGGGGGCCCGUGGGCUCGGGACGUGCAGCGCGCCGGCGCCUGGGAGCUGCGCUUCUCCUACCGAGCGCGCUGCGAGCCGCCGGCCGUCGGGGCCGCGUGUGCGCGCCUCUGCCGCUCGCGCAGUGCCUCCUCGCGGUGCAGCCCGGGACUGCGCCCCUGCGCGCCGGUGGAGGACGAGUGCCAGGCGCAGCCGGCAUGUCGAGCCGGCUGCAGCCCAGAGCACGGUUUCUGUGAGCGGCCUGAUGAAUGUCAAUGCCUGGAGGGCUGGACCGGGCCCCUCUGCACCGUCCCUGUCUCCACCAGCACCUGUCUCAGCUCCAGGGGCCCGUUCUCUGCUGUCACUGGGUGCCUCGCGCCUGGUCCCGGGCCUUGUGAUGGGAAUCCCUGUGCCAACGGGGGCAGCUGUAGUGAGACACCCGGAUCCUUCGCAUGUGCCUGUCCCCGUGGGUUUUAUGGGUUGCAGUGUGAGGUGAGUGGGGUGACAUGUGCGGAUGGACCUUGUUUCAAUGGCGGCUUGUGCGUGGGAGGCACAGACCCGGACUCUGCCUACGUCUGCCACUGCCCACCUGGUUUCCAAGGCUCCAACUGUGAGAAGAGGGUGGACCGGUGCAGCCUGCAGCCAUGCCAAAACGGCGGGCUCUGCCUGGACCUAGGCCACGCCCUGCGCUGCAGCUGCCGCGCCGGCUUCGCGGGCCCCCGCUGCGAGCACGACCUGGACGACUGCGCGGGCCGCGCCUGCGCCAACGGCGGCACGUGCCUGGAGGGCGGCGGCGGGCGGCGCUGCUCCUGCGCGCUGGGCUUCGGCGGUCGCGACUGCCGCGAGCGCGCCGACCCGUGCGCCGCGCGGCCCUGCGCCCACGGCGGCCGCUGCUACGCCCACUUCUCCGGCCUGGUCUGCGCCUGCGCGCCCGGCUACAUGGGCGCGCGCUGCGAGUUUCCCGUUCGCUCCGACGGCGCGGACGACGACGACGACGACGGCAGCGAAGGCGCCUUGCCCGCGGCCCCGCCGGGCCUAAGGCAGGGUGGCCCGCCGCGCGUCCUUUUGCCGCCGGCCUUGGGGCUGCUGGCGGCCGCAGGUUUGGCCGGCGCUGCGCUCUUGCUGGUCCACGUGCGUCGCUGCGGCCCUGGCCGAGGUCCUGGGUCUCGCUUGCUGCCGAGUAGCCCGGAUCCGUCGGUCCUGGCGCUCCCUGAUGCACUCAACAACCUGAGGGCGCGGGAGAGAUCCGGGGAUGACCCGAGCCCGUCAGUAGAUUGGAAUCGCCCUGAAGAUGGAGACUCCAGUGAGAUUUACGUCAUAUCUGCUCCUUCGGUCUAUGCUCGGGAGGCCUGACCUGCUCCUUCUCCAUCAGCGCCUGGAGACAGAGCUUGGAUAUUUUUGUGUUUCCUUGAUGGUGCCCAACCAAUCUCUGCCUGACACUUCGGAGUUCAACCUGGAAGGGGUGACUGGGAGCAUUUUACAGUUGGAAGUACAUCAUGGUCAUUUAUAUCAUUGAGUUUUUUUCUUUCCACUUCUCCAGAGACGUCUAUACUGACUCUUUACUUUGAUCAGCUUUGAUUCAUCAGGCUGCGUGCUUUGUAUCUGGUGUCUGAGCACAUGGUCCACUUUGUUUUCACCCUGGGGCUGAGGCAGCCUCUGGGCAUUAUGGGAAAGGGAAUAGUAAACCAUGUGCUCAGGCUCUCAACACUUCUGCUCACAUUUUGUUGAGUGAAGUCAGUCACAUGGUUAAGCUUGGUAUCUGUGGGGCUGUAAGUAAAUCCUCUUGUGAGGGAGGGAAGUGAAUAGUUUGAAUGGAAUAGAGUCUGCUGCAAUAUAUACCCGGGAGAGACAUUGCCUGGUUAAAGGGCACAGCUACCAAUUUCACCAAGUAUUGACAGAUUGCUUCCUCAGCCCACACUCCCACCACGAUGUACAAGAAUUCCUGGGGAGACUGCCUUUUCUCCGUGUAUACCUUUGCUCUAUUCUAUUUAAAAAGUUUUCCCGUGUA